CCCUUCAGGAAUUGCUCUCACUCGCGCAACGCGCACUUGGUGCGAGUGGUUGCGAAAUAGAGCCUUCUGAUUGGCUUAAAACUUCUAAAAAAAGUGAAAUAGUAUACAUGUUGCUAGCUUCUCUCAUUUUGAGGCAAAAACACGAAGAACUCACAACUACAUUAGAUUCAUGCUUUCAGAUUUCGACUGUGAAUUGUUCUUCUUCCUCUAUUGGAUGCCCUGGAAGUAGAAAACUUUUAUCCAGAGACGUCUGUGGAUAGCCAUAGCUCCCCUACUUCUUCAUCUGCUCGAAGCAAGCCUCAUUUACAUUAUAUAUGAAAGUCCAAGGGAAAUCCGCAAAGGGGAGGAGAUUGCAUGGUAUGCAGAUUGGGAAACAAUUGUGUGAAAUGAGCAUAAUCAGUCAAUAGCUUAUGCCGCCUAUGAUCGUGUUUUCGUGCCUACGACGACUAUACACAAUGUCUAUGAUGUUGCUGCUCAGCAUGUCGUUAAUGGUGCUAUGGUGCGGGGAUCAAUGUCCAUCUACGAUCAGGAUUUCUGUUCCAAACUUGAAUGAUGGGCAAGUCAUUGAGAUCACAGUGCAGUCGUUGUCCGAAAACGUGGCAAGUUUGAAGGAGAAAGUGGCAAACAAACUCAAGUUCAGUGGAAAAGCCGGGCUUUUAAAGGACGACGACAAGUCACUUGCACAUUACAAUGUUCGAACAGGAGACACCCUAACACUGUCUUUGUAAAAACGGAUGCAGGUAAAUGCUUUUCAGUCUCUCAACUCUAGUUAUUCUCUGUCUCUCAACUCUUGUUUAUUUUUCAGUCUCUCAACUCUUGUUAUGUUUAGAGGAUGUUUUUAAAACGAUAUGUAACUGACUUAGUUUAUUCAAUUAUAAAGUACAAUUGCGGUAAUCGAAUUAAAUAUGAAAAUGCACCAGUGUAUACGAUUUCACACAGUAGAAAAAUAGAAGAAGAGAAGAGAGGAUAGAAUUAAAAAGGAGAUUCAAACAAAUGUUUUUUGGCAAAAACUAACAAACUUUGCUUCAACCAAGAAAAGAUAAAUAAAUUAGCUCUGCUUGCUAAUUUCCACCCAACAUGUAUGUUUCUCUAUUUAGCCUGUAAAUAGCUGAAAAGUAUUCUUUGGUGAGAUUGGGGUCAGCUUUCAUUGAUUUCUUAUGGUAUCAAAUGUUAAUCCCAACUUGAAAAUUCUUUCUUUUCUCAUGUUGUCUUUGUUCUGUUUUUGUCUCUUUUGUGAGGGUAUAAUCUCUG